GAAGAAGAAGAAAGUACUACUACAGUGUACUGUACUUCUCCAGAUCAAAACGACGUUGAGUCACCUCAAUAUAUAACAGUCAGUUGGACAUACACCUACAUCUACAGGAUAUAGCUACACCUGUGCAGGUUUUACGUUCUAUCCCAUAUCAUUAGCAUUGUCCGCCUGGUUUGUGCACGAGACGGACUCACAGACUGCGUUAAGAACAUGGGGCGGAAAGUAACUCUCGCUACUUGCUCAAUCAAUCAGUGGGCUUUGGACUUUGAAGGCAACCUGGAGAGAAUAUUGAAGAGUAUUGAGAUUGCUAAAGCUCAUGGAGCCAGAUACAGACUGGGCUCAGAGCUGGAGAUAUGCGGUUAUGGCUGUGCAGACCACUUCCAUGAGUCGGACACAUUGCUCCACAGCUUUCAGGUCCUGAGGAAGCUUCUAGAAUCUCCUGUCACUCAGGACAUCAUCUGUGACGUGGGGAUGCCCGUCAUGCAUCGUAAUGUGCGCUACAACUGUCGGGUCGUGUUCCUCAACAGAAAGAUACUGCUGAUCAGACCUAAAAUGAUGAUGGCCAACAACGGGAACCACCGAGAGAUGCGCUGGUUCUCCCCUUGGAACCAGUUAAGGCAUGUGGAGGACUAUUACCUGCCCAGAAUGAUCCAGGAGGUAACAGGGCAGGAUACAGUCCCCUUCGGUGACUGUGUGCUGUCCACAAACGACACCUGCAUUGGCAGUGAGAUUUGCGCCGAGCUCUGGAGCUCCAGAAGCCCACACAUUCAGAUGGGUCUGGAUGGGGUGGAGAUCUUCACUAAUGCGUCUGCCAGCCACCACGAGCUCCGCAAAGCUGACCAGAGGGUCAACCUGAUCAAGUCAGCCACCACCAAGAGUGGAGGUAUCUAUCUGUAUGCCAACCAGAGGGGCUGCGAUGGAGACCGUGUCUAUUAUGAUGGUUGUGCAAUGGUGGCCAUCAACGGAGACAUCGUGGCACAGGGAGCACAGUUCUCACUUAAUGAUGUGGAGGUGAUAACAGCGACUCUUGACCUUGAGGAUGUGCGCAGCUACAGAGGAGAAGCGUGCCAGCCAGACAUGGAAAGUGAACACAAAACUUGCCACAGGGUCAAGGUUGACUUCUCUUUAUCCAGUGGUGAUGAUAUCUACCUCCCUACCCACCAACCAAUAACAUGGCCCUUUCAUACACCAGAGGAAGAGAUCAGUCUAGGGCCGGCCUGCUGGCUGUGGGACUACCUGAGGAGAAGUGGACAGGCUGGUUUCCUGUUGCCUCUGAGCGGAGGUGUCGACAGCUCCUCCACCGCCUGUGUUGUCCACUCAAUGUGUGUGCUGCUCUGCCAAGCCAUAGAGGACGGCAACAGCCAGGUACUGGAGGAUGUUCGCAGAGUGGUAGGGGAUGACUCCUACCGUCCUGAACACCCAAAGGAACUGUGCGGGCGCAUCUUCACCACCUGCUACAUGGCCAGUGAAAACUCCUCCAAGGACACCUGCAGCAGGGCCAAAGAGCUGGCCAAUCAGAUCGGCAGUACACACAUGAAUAUUAACAUAGAUAUGGCAGUGAAAGGCAUUCUGGGUAUCUUCUCUGUGGUGACUGGAAGCUGGCCUAAAUUUCGUGCCCAUGGAGGAAGCCACAGAGAAAACCUGGCUCUGCAGAAUGUCCAGGCUCGAGUUCGGAUGGUCCUGGCCUACCUGUUUGCCCAGUUGAGCCUGUGGGCCCGGGGGAAGCCAGGUGGACUGCUGGUUCUGGGCUCAGCCAACGUAGAUGAGAGUCUGACAGGGUACUUCACAAAGUAUGACUGCUCCAGUGCUGACAUCAACCCAAUAGGAGGCAUCAGCAAGACGGACCUGAAGAGCUUCCUGCUCUACUGUGUUGAGCACUUCCAGCUCUCCGCUCUGACAGGCAUCCUGGCCGCUCCGCCCACAGCGGAACUGGAGCCUCUCACAGACGGACAGGUGUCGCAAACAGAUGAGGUAGACAUGGGGAUGACCUACUCUGAGUUAUCUGUGAUUGGACGACUGAGGAAGAUCUCCAAGUGUGGCCCCUUCAGUAUGUUCUGUAAACUCCUUCACAUGUGGAAGGAUGCGCUCUCACCCACAGAGGUGGCCCAGAAGGUGAAGCACUUUUUCCGGAUGUACUCAGUGAACCGCCACAAGAUGACCACGGUGACGCCGUCCUACCACGCAGAGAGCUACAGCCCUGAUGACAACCGCUUUGACCACCGCCCUUUCCUCUAUAACACACGCUGGACCUGGCAGUUCAGAUGCAUCGACAACCAGAUACCGGUGCUGAGGGUUCCAUUGCCGGUUGCUGCUCCUGGAGGAACUUCUUGGCAGGGUGGAGUAAAGGAUGCGGCCCUUAAAGCUGAAAUGUUAAAUACAGGAAGUGAUCAAUCGGAACGUACCAAGUGUCCGCCACAUCCUGGGGGGAAUUGGGAUUUAUAGUACCGUGUCCCAGGUGGCAGCAAACACCCCAAAGCACUAACAACCUGAGGUCAUAAACUGCUGAUGACUUUGGGAAGCUUUCAGUAAAGCCAAAUACUUUGUACUAUGUUUGAAAGCACAGGGCCAAGCAGGGGAAAGAGAAUUUAUUCUGGGACAAUAUAGAACCUUUGUUCUACCUCAGCCUGUGACAGUUGACCACAUGUUAUCAUUCCCAAACGUUGCACAGCAGCAUUGGAUCAUUUGUCUUUGCCCAUGUGACGAGCAGUAAUGUAGUCAUUUUUGUCAAAAUAUGCAACAUAUUUAAUCAUUAAUUACACUAUGCAGUUAUUUACAGUAUCGGCUUGUUCUUUAAUUCUUACUAUAAUUUUUCAAAGGUUUUCAUCUGUCAACCUUGAGAAAGAAAUCUGCAAACCAUACAAUCUUGAAUUUGCUUCAGUAUAAAUACCGAAUUUUAUUUCAAAUAAAUAUUGCACACCAUUGUCAACAAACAAACCAUUGUCGUAUAUUUUCUCAAAAGUUACAAUUUCUUUUGUUAAUGGCGAGCUUAUCCCAGACAGACUGAAGUCUUCAGCCCUGCUGGAGGUACAGUAGUGCUUUGAGGUAAAUGCUAACAUUAGCAUGCUGACAUGUGGAAGGGUGUUCGUUUUUUAGUCACACCCAGCGUCUUCGGGUCAAUUUGACCCGGCUCAUGUUCAACCAUUCUAAAGUAGUUAUAAACCCAAAGAAUCAUAGUUUGUUCUUCAUUACUAACUAAUAUUUUUUAUUUAGUGUUUGUGUCUUUCAGGCAGACAAUAGAAGGGUUUUGUGGCUACCACCCAUAUACCAUUAAAAAGAGCUUCUCAAGGUUAAUUAUGUAUUUAUUUAUUCAUUAAAAAAAAUAAAAACAUACAUAUUCCAACUCCUUGUUCUGAACAUAGGAAAAACCUUCAGGGUUGAAAAAAAAGUGAAAUGAGAGGAAUUCUAUUGAAAAGUAAACUUCCAUUUAGAGAAAGAGAGUGUGUCAAAAUGCAAUGUUUACUAGAACAUACCAAUAUGUUAAACAUUUUCAAAGAAAGAAAUGGUCUAAAUGUCACUUCUGACCCCUUUUAGCCUCCACUUUCAAUGGCCGGGUCAAAUUGAUCAGAAGACCCUGGGUGUUAUAUGUUGAUGCAGGAGGGGGGGGUAGCAAAUGCAUGAAAUGUACCAUUUUCAUAUCACAUGUUUAGUACAGUAAAUAAACCAAGCAGAAGAAGUUUCAUAGAGAAACAAAUAUUUUAACAUGCUUUUGCUUGAUGUUGAAAUUUUGAAACUCUUGGAAGGUUAAUAAAAAAUGUAAAUUUACAUUUGUCAUUCAGCAGACGCUCUUAUCCAGAGCGACUUACAGUGAACUAACUACAGGGACAGCCUCUCUGGAGCAACUCAGGGUUAAGUGCCUUGCUCAGGGGUACGAUGGUGGCAGCCUGGUAUUGAACUCACAACCUUCCAGUUAUGAGUGUCAAAAUGUUAACAUUUUGAUAAUGUUGCUAUCAUCUUUUUGUCAGUUUAGCAUGUUAAUAUGUACUAAUUAGCACUCAAUGUCAUCAGUUUUGCAGGUAUUUGGUCAUAAAUCAAAGAAUGGGACCAAUUAAAAUGUAUACCUUAUGAUGGCGCUACAGUAAAUAAAAAGUCUUCACCAUAACUACUGCAGUUCAUCCCGAGGGGGAAAUUAAUGUCUGAACCAAAUUUCAUGGCAAUCCAUCAAUAGUUGUUAAGACAUUUCGGUACAAGCCACUAAUGUCUACUUCAUGCUGGCCCGAGAUGAAAAGUCAGGAAAUCAACAAAGUAAUUAGGAUUCCUCCUCUGGGCACCAUGGAUGUCCAACAUUCCAAAGCAAUCCAUCCAGUAGUUAGUAAAUAUAAGAUGGACCAACAAACAUUGGCAUCCUUAGAGCAACUGGUCUGGUUUAAAAAACAAAAAGAAAGGCAAGAGGUCUUUAUUUUUUAAAACUUCACUACAUUACAUUGUAGUGCAUGUCUAUCUGUAUAUUGAAAGCAUAAUUGACAACUGUCCAUACUGACCCUGGAGAAAUCCCUUCUUAAAUAAAUUUCAAUGUACAUAUAAGCAUGUGAGUAUUGUAUUAAGAUAGACUUGAACCUAUUGUUUAUUGUCCAAUUGGGGAGAAACUCUCCAAUUCAAAGUUUAUAUGCCAUAAAAAUGUGUUUAGACAUUAAAAAUGGAUUUGGGAUGUGGGCCUCUGAAUUUUAGAUCAUCUAUUUAUAAUGUCCAUUGUGUCCAAGCUGACCCUUACAUAC